UCUCUGCGUGUCUUUUUCUUACACACUCUCUUCUCUCUAUUACACACGUAUACCCUUUUAAACUUGACUCCCCCCAUUCAUUUUCAAACAAAUUAACUCACUCUUUUCUUAACUUGCAGACACCCCAUCAUUCAUAUAUACUAUACAUACCCCAAAUUCUUGAUUUUUAUCAUCUAAUUGUAUUAAAAUUUCAACAUGCCUUCUGGUGCAAAGAAGAGAAAAAUUGCUAAGAAGAAGAAAAGUCUGCAGGCAUCAUCAAGCAACCCCAACUCUUCAGUUCAAUCUCAAGGGAGUGAUGAUGUGCAACAUUACGAUGACAAAGGGAGUGAUACUGGCUCUCCUGCAUCUCAGGAACAUUGUGACUCUGAGCAUCCACUUGCAGAGGGCGAUCACAAAGACGUAGAGAAAAGAGCAGGUGGUUCGUCUGAUCAGUUGGCUGUUUCAGAGCAAAGUUCUCAGGAAGUAGGAGUUGGUUCUGGAGAUAAUGUUGCUACAGAAGAAAAUAUUAUUCAGAUUGAUUGGGAAUUGAAGUCGGAGGAAGACUAUGGAAGCAGGGAUGGAAGUAUUGAAUCCAAAGAAGUGCACACUGGGGGGUCAUUGUCAGGGAGCUCUGGAAGUAGCGACGAUAGUAGCCAUAGCUGUUCAGAUGAUGAUUCUCGUGUUGAGAAUAAGAGGGAAGUGGUUGAAGCUGGACAUGCUGUUGAUGCUUUGUGGGAAGCAGCAAACCAAGUUGGUACCACCAUUUCAGCUGAAGAACACAGUGAUGCAGUACGUGAACCUGCCUGUGUCAAAAUUCCAAAUAAGUCUUCAAUGAUAAAAGAGGUAGUUCAAAUAGACAAAAGUCCUAUUGGUGACUAUCCUGCAAAACCUGUGGAUAAUUUACUAGAAGUUCAAGAAGUGGGUUUUAUACUGGAAGGUCGAGAAAAUGCUGAUAAAAAUAUACCUAGCUCUAAUAACAGUACUGGAAUUUCGCCGGUUCUGAUGGAUUUGGUAUUAAGGAAAGAUGAUGAUAAAGAGGUCAUAAGGACAGAAGAAAAACCAGCAGUUCCUGCUAAUGUGAGUAAUUUUGUUGUGGAAGGCAAGGAUGCUAAACUGCGGGUAUCCGUUGAUGCUCCCACUGUCCAUGCUAGUAAAGAUGCAGGUCACAUCAAAGCUUCUGAUAGUCCUGAAUGUUCGGAGAGCAAGGCUCUUGUAGCCUCAGCUCCACAAACAAUGCAAAAAACAUCCUUGAAGAGUUGUUGUGGAAUCUUUGAGCUAUUUACAAGCUCUGAUAAAUGAUUAGCGAUUCACCAGGAGUUUCAACUGGGGGUGAGGAAGCAUAUGAAGCAACGAGCAUAUCUCUUGUGAAUUAAUUAAAAUAUGAGGAAUGGUAUCUCUUGUGAACUAAUUAAAAUAUGAGGAAUGGUAGUGUUAUUUCAGUAGACGGUUUAAAUACCCAUUUUAGUUAUACUUGUGAUUGAUUGGCAAAUAAUCAACAUAACCCAAUACUUGUGAUUGAUUGGCAAAUGAUCAACUGAAUAUGUUUACUUAUAUGUGAUGCUGUGUAUCGUGUCCACGCUUCUGAUCAGUAGACAUAACUUUUUUACUA